AUGGCUGAAAAAGGUUAGUUAAAAUGAACACUAUGUGAUAAUUUUGUUCUUGUCAAAGUGUUAACACUCAUUUUCUUUUGAUCUUUUCUCCGAACUUGUCAAGAUUUGCAAAAAUGGACGACGUUUUUCCACGAGGCUGGGGUGCCCAGAGGACCAGCAACCGAGUAAGUCAACACAAAGGCUCAAUUGUAAUUGAAUUAAAUACCUGUGAACCUUAAAGUUUGUGGCUUUUGCUUGAGUUAUAUCGUGUAUAUUGUGUCAUUUUAUGCGUAGUUUGAAUAACGGCAAAGCUAUCCAUGAACCAUGGUAACUGGUCAAUUAAUUGCCAUCUUUCCAUUUUAAUUCUAAUCAAUUUACAUUAAAACAUUUAGAAAAAAUAAGUUUUCAUGAUUCCACCUUUUAACUUAUCAGGGGGUACAGUGAAACUGGAUGGAUGUCUAUGGUUCAGAAUUUAUUCAGUUUUGUGCAACUGACCAAUUGCCGAUCUGGUUGGAAUCUGUCAAAAUUUUAUACCAGAGUCUGAGGUGAUGCAACUGGGUUGCCAUGACUAGCUAGCUUAGUAACUGGAUUUGAUUGUGUAAAUUUAGGUAUGCAACACUGUUUUGUAAUCACCGAAUCAAAGAUAUCCUACUUGGUGAUUUGACCAAGGUGAAGUGAAUUAUUUAAUUAUAUAAUUAAGUGCCAGUGCUCUCCCUUUGAUGAAGUAAAAUUGUCUGGCGUUAGAGUAAAAUAAUAAAGUAUGGUGCAAUGUGACUCAACGGGUUAACUAGACACAUGGGCAGAUAGGCCAGUUAACCCAUUAAGUGCCAGCACUCUCCCCUUGAUGAAGUAAAAUCUCUGGCAUUAGACAGAGUAAAAUAAUAGGGCACAAUGCGACUCAAUGGGUUACAGUAAUUAUCUUGUUGCAAUGGGAGUAUUCUGGAAAAGAUCCACACUCCCCAAUGAAGGAAAUGUCUGAGGGAGGGGUGAGAAGUUUGUUUCUGAUAAUACCGGUAGAAAGUGUAUUAUAUGACAUCCAAAAGGGGUAGGAGGGUUAACUUCCAAUUUCUUCUGUGGAGGAGGUAUGGAUGUUUACUAGAAUGAAGCAAUGGAACCUCGAUCUAAUUAACGAGCAUCAAUAGGGAGUGUUUCAAAUGUUAAUAAGAGUUGUCCACUGGAUGGAAUUAGAGGAAUAUAAUAGAAUGUUAAUAAGUGUUUGUUAAUCCACCUAUUAAUUAGGGGGUCUGACAUAAUUAAGUCAAUUUAUAUAUGACAGUGAGUAAUACUGGCAUGCUUGUUGUAGCAACUAAAUUCUAGAGAAGUGCAUAAGGGAUUUCUGACUUGAAUUUUCAUGUUUAUUAUUUUAGGAAAUUCUUAAUGAUAUUGGAAUUAUUGUUAUGGGUGAUGUCAUGUCUAUUUUGAAACAUGCGAAAGCAGUAUAUGCCAAGGUAGGUACUGUUAAGAUAGUGAUGGUCAAUAAUGAUAGAUGCUUAUCAAAUGAUGCUCAUUUCUACUCUUGAUAAUAAAUUAAUGUAUAUUUCCUAGCUUGAAAGAGAGAAAAUGUCAAAUCAGUUGGUCCAAGAGUCAGAAUCUGUUGAUGAACCUUUAGUACAAGACGAUCCACCACAACUACUACUAUCUUCAGGUCAAGUAAAAAAGAAAAAACUUGUUGCCAAACUUCCAAACAAACCAAAAACAGGUAAAAACUGAUGCAGAAAAGUCAGGAAAAGAUUUUGUAUGAAGUUCAGUAGUUUAGGAAUGUGGAAUGAACCAACCUUGACCCAGUACCCCCAGCAACGUGUGAGAAAAACAUAUUCUGCAUUCCUCAUGCAGCUGACAGAAAAUAACAUAGAGUAAUGUCAUGUGAUAUUUGGUUACAGAAGUUCAACAAACAGCAGUGUUAACAUUACCAGCUAAGAAGAAAAUGUUACCUACUGUUGGACCUAAAAUAACUGUGACAGUUGAUGAUUCUUCUCGCAUUUCACCAAAAAAGAGACCAGCCAAGACCACAAUGUCAUUGUCAGAUAGAUUUGCAAGCAAGACAGUUCUACAACCUAAAGUUUCUCCUGUAUCAGUGGAAGGAAGCAAAGCUCAAACAAAUACAGUUAAAAAAGUUCUAACAAAAACUAAGCCAUCUACUGAGAAAAUGACUUCCACUAACAAAGGUAUGAAUAAUGUUUCCAUAGUAGUAUCCAUGGCGUCGUCCCUAAAGUGGUAAACAUUGUUCCCAUGUUUAAGAGUGGUGAAAAAUCUCAUGUAGAAAACUACAAUCAUGGAAAUAAUAUCCGUAGACGUUUUUAAAACGUCUCUUGUCUUACUAUUUUGUAAAGCCAUUUAUUUUUGGUUAAUACAAACGUUCGUGAUUGCUAGAAAUAAGAAUUUCCCCCCUCCCCCUAGCACAAUGUUGGUUCAAACCAUGACUAUUGGACCACAAACCAACAUUGUAAACAGGGAGGGGGGGGGGGAUAUGGGAAAUUUUUGAAAAGUCUACAAAUUAAUUUCCAUGAUUGUAUAGACCAAUAUCGCUACUAAGUGUCAUUUCCGAAGUUCUGGAACUGUGUGUUUUGUCGCUGAUUAACCCUCGGACAUGGAAAUCUGUUUGUGUACAUUGUAGCACAGUUAAUUAACUGAGAUUGUAGUAAGGCUCGAAGCUUGCAUGCACCUAUCACUUAUUGCCUUUAAUUUUCUUUUGUCUACCCAGGUCCACUGUAAUUGGUAUUUAGCUGUUGCCCUGCCACAACUGUACUCUUAAUUUAAUUUAAUAUGUUGUAAUGUUUUGUUAGACAGAGUAAUAUUAAAAUAAAAUAAUAUGAUAUGAAAUAAAUGUUAAACUCCAUAUUAACAUCCUGAAUUUGAAUGUCUGUUUUGUUUCACAGGAGUUGCAGUUAAACGAAAGUCAGCAUUUGAACGACUUGGCAAAGAGGAAUCAAGUAAUGUAUCGAAAGACAUGGAACGUUUGUCACCGAAAAUUAAAAUCACCAAGCUAACAAAAUCACCAGUUGCAGCACCGUCCAGUAAAGUUAUCUCGUUAACUAAGGUGAGUGAGGUUAAAAUGUCUUGUUGUCUUGUUUAAUCUCGACUUCAUUACUCUUUUAUCUGCUUUAAAAGCUUGUUUGUUCCCAGAGGGGGUGACAAUUUUAGGUUCUCACUAUAUGAACUCCUUUUUCUGCUGGAAAUUGCAACAGUUUAGAACUGAAAAUAGGCAGAGUGAUUAUAAAUAGAGAAUGCUUAUGAUUUAUAUGUCGUUUAAAGGUAAAAAACUAUUAAUUUAUAAUCUGACCGUUGAGAAAGAUCGUGACUCUAUUCUUAUGACCGUUGCGACCAUAUGGAAAUUCGGCUCUAGCUAGUUCCCAUGAAUGAACAAAUGCAAUAAAAACUAAAAAAAGUGAAUGUUAGAGUUUGUAACCCAGUGAGUAUAAUAUAUACAUUUUAAGACCUGACCAGGAACGACUGCGAAAAAUGCAGCACAAAGCCCUCUGGUAGGAAUUGAACCUACGGUCCUGCGAAUAAAAAAGUGACAUAAAUUUAAUGUAUUUCAGAGUGAAAGUUCAGUUUUCAAACGUCUUGGUGAAACCGAUGCUGCAUCCCCACCUUCGACAACGCGUACAGGAGCUCUAACGAUACGCACAAUUAGGGGCGUGGGGUCUCGCAUAGUGUCAGACGAUAGUCCCGAAAAACCUGCCAAAUCUCACAGUGUACUACGUCCAUUGAAACCGAUCCGAGCUGUCCAGCCUGUCAAACCUGUUUCUACUGUAAAGGCACGUGUGUCCGCCGACACGAAAAAAGAAUCGAGCAGAAAGUCAGUGUUUUCUAGACUUGGUAGUCAAACUUGA